UAUCCAGUUUUCUCUGUCGUCACUCAUCUCUCCAGUGAUGAGAAUAAAUAAAUGUUUUUGUUCUCACUCAAGGCAUCCCAUACCAUUGCCAGGAAUAGCUGCUUGAGGCGUGAAACUCAGAGCUCUGCUAUCAACCCCAAAGACUUCAUCAUGGAAAGAAUGGUGAUCCACCAGCCUCGGCCGAUGAUGGAAAUCCAAAACUCUCAUGACUGGGGGAGUGGAAUUUGUGACUGCUGUGAGGAUAUAAAAACAUGCUGUUUUGCAUUCUGGUGCUGUCCCUGCUUUGCCUGCAUGACUUCCAAAGACUUCGGCGAGCCUCUCUGUCUCCCUCUGCUGGAAUGUUUCAGGAGUUGUAUCUCACCUGUCACCCUGUCCAUGAGGUCCACUAUGAGAGAGCGCUACAAAAUCGAGGGCUCCAUUGCUAAGGACUGUGUGUGCGCCACCUUCUGUGCAGCCUGUGUUUGGUGCCAGAUGUCCAGAGAGAUGCAAAGAAGGAAGAUUCAAGUCGUCUUGGUCAACGCAAAAACCUCAUGAGCUGAUUGUCACUAUCGGGCCUGCCAUGUUUUAGCAAUCCUCAGAGGGAUCAAUAUAUCAAAAUCUAAAAUGCUUUCAAUAGGUGUUUUAUGUGUAAAAACUGAAAUGUGGAGAUAAACUGUUUAUUUUAAUAUAUGGCACAGUAUAGAAAGGGAAGGAUUUCAGCAUUAUAUAUAUUUAAUAUCAUUGAACAGUAGCCCUUAUUUACCUGUAUUUGUUUAGAACAUUGGUCUGCUUCAUUCAGGGUAUUAAAAUUGUACACUUUACAAUGAUGACUUAUAAUUAUUCAAUUAAAAUACACACUCAUUGUUGUUA